UUGCUUCCAAGUUCCAAUCAUCGACAUGGGUGAAGUUAGUCUCUUCAUUACGCUAUUGUGCACCCUAAUGUCUGCGCACUACAUAGCCGGAAGUCAGGUUAAUUAUUUGAAGGACAAUGGUUUACCUUUACUUCAUGUGGAUCCGUCGUCCGCUGCGAUCGUGAACAAAUCUACCAAAACUCAGCAACCCGAUGAAGGAGCCUAUUAUGUCUUUAAUGCAGGAUACGAGAUGAACUCACAAUACUAUUACGGAAUAGAAGUAACUACUGAUGUAUAUGGUCUUUCCUUAGAUGGAGAGCAAAAUAGUGGAAUUUUGGUUUCAAUUGCCAACAAGGGAGAUGAUCAAUCCAGUACCAAUGCACUUGUUAUCGGAUGGCAUGUUUAUCCAAGGUUAAAUGGUGAUGCACACGCUCAUUUCUUUGUCCGCUGGACGAUUGAUGGAUAUCGGAAGACAGGCUGCUACAAUUUAGACUGCCCUGGUUAUGUACCUGAAGCAGGUAUAAGUAUAGUUCCAGGAGUUGCCAUUGAUACAGUCUCAGAGCCUGGAGGAAUAAAACAUAUUAUCAUCUUCAAAAUUUUCAAGGAUGGUGCCGGAGAUUGGUUACUACACUGCGGAUGGGACUCAGAACCAUACCUAAUUGGGCGUUUUCCUGCAUCCUUAUUCACCACCCUACGUAACAAAGCUAAUUACAUGAAGGUCGCUGGUUAUGCGGUGGCUCGAACGACCCAUUUGGCUCCAAUGGGAAGUGGGUAUCUUCCAAAUAAUCCAAAAGCUGCAUCAUUCAGCAACGUGCAACUUAUUGAUCAAGAUGGCCAAACAUCCAAGAUUCCACAAGAUCUACCUGCCACUCAGACUUUCCCAUCCAUCUAUUCUGUAUCUCCAAUCAAUUUUGAGGGUAAAUUCACAUAUGGUGGGCCGUUAGAAUAAGAAAC